AUGGCAGAUCUUAUCGAUAUCGAUGAUGAUCAGCGGCGCAACGGACCCUGCAUCCUCUAUGACGCAAGUUGGGCAGUGUGGAGUGAAAGGCAGGCGCGCGCGCAAAAAGUACAGUUGGUGAGGACAGUCGAACAGAUAAAUAGACAAACGGACGGACUUGUUUGCUAUGUGAAAAGGAAAGAUCUAUUUGGCGAUCUGUCUAUCUAUCCGUGGGCUCGCUCCAUCAGGGAACUUGUUCCCUCAUCAGUUUUGGCGCCACAUCAGCCUCUUGAACAUUUCAAAGGAAAAGAAAUUCAUUGUUCGGUCACUUGGUAA